GGGGGGCAGAAAAAACGUUUCAAGGACUGCCUCAAAAUCUCCCUCAAGGAACUUGGAAUCCUGAACGACUCGUGGGAAAUGUUGGCUCAAGAUCGUCCCUCGUGGCGCUGCAAGCUAACGAAGGGAGCCAAAGCAGCAGAAGCCAAGCGCAUCGCCGAGGCCAAACAAAAACACAACGUGCGCAAGUCUAGACCUGCCUUCACCAAGAGUCCAACAGCAGACUACCCGUGCCCACAAUGUGGGCGAACCUUUCGAGCCCAGAUAGGACUAUUCAGCCAUCUCCGCACUCACAGUAACCGUCAACAGACCAAUUUGUGAAGUCAUGGUCAUCUUCAUAUGCGAAGGACGAACAACAACAAAGAUAACAAUGUUAAAGGGCCUUCAGUGCCUUUUUUGAUGUCCGGUUAGGACCUGUAGAGAAUGAGAAAAAAAAUCCCAGACAAAACAACCACUGCAGAUCACACAGACAUCGCUUGCAUCCCUUUAAACAUCACCAGGGGGCAUUAUUGGAAGAUGAGCCCUAUGAGAUGUCUGUCCGUAGAUGAUAUCUGCAGUUUGGACUUUCCUACAUCUCAACCCCCGCAUUUUCAAGACAGAAUUUCUUCUACGACUUUACUAUUUUCCUGUUCGUGACAUGACUCAGAGGAUGGCAAUGUGUUCAUCAUUCCUCGAUCGUCUUGAAAAGCGUGAACAUCCCUAUAUCACUUUUGAUUCCUUGGCAAAGCCCAUAUUCACAUUUCAGGAUAAAAAUAAUAUGUUAACUUCACGAAUGAAUAUCUGGGCAACCUCAUCCGCAACCCCACUGUUUCUAGAAGCUACUCCAUAUUGUAAGGUGUACAGUGUGGGUAGCUUUGAGUACUCACGGUCAGGUGGAUCUUUGUGUUUGGCCACCGCUGAACAUAACGAACAACGCGUUAAAAUGUGAUGAAUUUAUAGGAGGAAAUAUAGAGCACUAGUUCUCAGAUUUCCAGAAUUGAAUUUUAAAAAAAGAAAGCUCUGUAACAGAAAAGAGAAAAUAUUAUUAUUU